UUGUCAUCCUCGGCUCAGAAGGCAGAGCUGUGGUGGUGCUGAGAAGAUCCCAGUUCCCCAAAUGGAGCAUCUCCUGGAGCAGAGAGACUACCACUUGGAUGAUGAGUUGAAGGUUUCUCACUUCUCUUGGCCCUCUGCAUCUUCUCUGGUUCCUGCCAUAAAUUUUCUGCCUCACUUCUUAUUUCUUCCAGUUUUCCUCCAGAUCCUUCUGUGUGAAUCCACUGCCCAAGAUAUUCAGAGGACUACUUGGAAUCUCCCAGCAGCUCCCACCUUGUCCUGGUCACCUUCUUACCAAACUCUCCUCAAAGGAGAAGAGAUAGAGUUAAAAUGUUCCCCCCCAGGAGGACAGAAGGGAGAACAUUACUUUUUCUAUCGCAACAGUGAAAAGGGUGAAGAGACAAGAUAUCAAGAACAGAUCGGAAAUACUCUGCUGAUUCAGGCAAAACGAAUGGCCCCAAAGGCAAAAUUUGCUUGUUCUUACACGGUAAAAAACAGAGAAGGAAGAAGAUCUCGGUCGCGAAAGAGUAAUCGGGCUGAAUUCACUAUCAUCGAUCCUCCACCAGCUCCAAGCCUUUCUGCAGAUCCUUCAGAACCUCUGUAUCUGGUUGGGGAGAACAUUUCUCUCAGGUGCUCAAUUCCCGACAACACUGUUCAAAGUUGGAGACCGUACCUGUUUUCCCAAAUAAGGAAAAAUGAGAAUGAGACCUCUAUAAAGGAUCUGGAUUGGCAUGAAGACAACUCCCUGGUCCUCACAGCCACAAGGGAAGAUUCUGGAUUACAUAAGUGCCGGUACCGAGAAUGGAAAUAUGGGAGAACCAUCUCGUCAGACUGGAGUCAUCCUGUCUCAAUCGUGGUGAGAGAUCCUCUGCUUCCCCCAGUGUUGAAGCUGCAUCCUCCCUCUGGAUCCCUGCAAGAAGGCAAAGUCCUGCAAAUCCAGUGUUUGCCCAAUGAGGGCAAUAACACCAAAAGGUUCCAUUUCUCAUGGAAGGGUGUGGAAAUGGCCUCCAGCAAUGAAGGUCUUCGGAGGAGCAGCAGAGACCCUGGGCUUCUUACUCUAAAUACGUCAGCAGCCUUCCUAUAUGCCAAAGGUAAUGGAAGCCUGGGACUUGCUUGCAGAAGUGAGGAAAACAUAAAUGGGCGCUGGAUCAUGUCUCCUUGGAGCCAGAUAGUGAAUAUCACAGUUCUGGCAGCCCCAUCUGCCCCGUCAGUGGGCUAUGCAGCGUUGGCUCUCCUUGUCCUCCUCCUGGGAGCCCCACUGGUUUUCUGCUGCAGUAGGAAGAAGAACGCAUCAGGAUGCCAGCGGAGAUCUGAGCCUAAAGAGAAGAAGGAGGAAGUCCAAUUAAAUGAUCUUGGAUCUGAGGAUCUGGACGGGGAGGAUUUACAGAAUUCAGAAUUCACCUGUGCUUUUGUCAAGACGUCAUCCACAGUGAUCCCUUUUGAACCCAGGACCAAAAAUCAUCUGAGGACCCAGGAAGUGGAUCAAGUCAUAUACAACAAUGUCCGGGUUCAAGCAACCAGCAGAACAGCCCACUGACUACUUCUCCAAAGGCCACUUUCAGAAGACCAGCCUUUUCACCACCAGGAAUGGAGGACUUGCUCUGGUUCUGUUGGGGUAUUUGGGAAUAGACAUGCUUGAACCCAGGGUUUCUCAACCUUGGCAACUGGAAGAUGGAUGGACUCCAACUCCCAGAAUUCAUGGCUGUCUGGUGAAUCCUGGGAGUUGAAGUCCACCCAUGUUCAAGCUGUCAAGAUUGAGAAACUUGGGGCAUACCUUCAGGAGUACAGCCUUGACCUUUUACCCUUCCUGACUAGUAGAAAUAUUGGCCAAUGUCCAAUUACCCACCAGGAAUACCUGUCCUCCCUUCCCCUUUUUGUGCUAAAAAAUUCCUCCUGUCCUUGUUGAAGGAGAAACCAGUGAAGGAGAUAUAAAU